GAAGUGGGCGUUGACAACCGAAAAGACAACCGUCACCUGAAAGCACCUGUGUCCAACAGGUGAUGUACACUAUAUUAAAACGGUUCGGAUGUUUGAUCCCUGACUCCUGACACACCUCAUUCUCAGUCUACCUGAGCCGAGGUGGGAUUGUCGCACGCAUGCGCAUGUCCUCCUCCGGUCAUCAGUAGGAUAAUAUAAGGGCACCCCUAACAGCGGAGCGUGGUUCAGUCUACAGUAUCUGAACCGGACCGAGAGGAGAAGAGGAAGCGCAUUCUCAAGGCGGAGGAGAUGGAUGACAAAGAAAAAAGGAGGAAAGAUGACAACCUUGGCAAGAGCGACAAAGUCACUCUGAAAAAAGAAAUUGGACUGUUAAGCGCUUGCGCCAUUAUCAUCGGUAACAUCAUUGGCUCAGGGAUUUUCAUCUCACCUAAAGGAGUCCUGGAGCAUGCAGGCUCCGUGGGGCUGUCUCUUAUCGUCUGGCUUUGUGGAGGGGGGAUCUGUGCCCUUGGGUCCUUGUGCUACGCUGAACUGGGUGUCACAAUCCCAAAGUCUGGAGGAGAUUAUUCAUAUGUGACAGAAAUCUUUGGAGGGCUUGUGGGCUUCCUGUUGCUAUGGAGUGCUGUCCUCAUCAUGUAUCCAACUACACUGGCUGUCAUCGCCCUCACCUUCUCCAAUUACGUCUUGCAGCCGGCCUUUCAGAACUGCCUGCCUCCAUUCAUUGCCACCAGACUUCUCGCCACGAUCUGUGUCUUAUUCCUGACCUGGGUGAACUGCUCCAGUGUGCGCUGGGCCACAAGGAUUCAGGAUAUUUUCACUAUAGGAAAACUUCUUGCCCUAGCACUCAUCAUAGUGGUAGGACUAGUCCAAAUCUUUAGAGGUCACUACGAUGCGUUGAGGCCCAGCGUGGCCUUUGAAUUCAGCCAGGACCCUUCAGUGGGACAGAUAGCUCUGGCCUUCCUCCAGGCCUCUUUUGCUUACAGUGGCUGGAAUUUCCUCAACUAUGUCACAGAGGAGGUCGUGGAGCCACGCAAGAACCUCCCCCGUGCCAUCUACAUCUCUAUCCCACUGGUGACCCUGGUCUACACCAUGACCAACAUCGCCUACUUCUCCUCCAUGACCCCAGAAGAGCUGCUCACCUCUAAUGCUGUGGCAGUGACUUUUGGGGAGAAGCUGCUGGGAAUGUUUUCCUGGGUGAUGCCAAUCUCCGUGGCACUUUCCACUUUUGGAGGCAUUAAUGGAUAUCUGUUCACAUCUUCCAGGUUGUGUUUUUCAGGAGCCAGAGAGGGUCAUCUGCCAUAUCUUCUUGCCAUGAUCCACCUAAAAAGCUGCACGCCAAUCCCUGCCCUGCUGGUCUGUUGUACCGCAACAAUAGUCAUCCUGUGUAUUGGAGAGACACACAACCUGAUCAACUACGUGUCCUUUAUCAACUAUCUGUCCUACGGGGUGACCAUUGCCGGCCUGCUCUACCUGCGAAAGACUAGACCCAAUCUGUCCAGGCCGAUCAAGGUAAACAUGUUGGUCCCCAUCAGUUACUUGAUUUUCUGGGCCGUGCUGCUGUGCUUCAGUUUGUACUCUGAGCCGGUGGUUUGUGGUCUGGGGAUGGUCAUCAUGCUGACCGGAGUCCCUGUUUACUUUGUUGGCGUUCAGUGGAAGGAGAAACCCAAGUGGAUCUACAGGCUGCUCGAACGAGUCACAUAUGUGGGUCAGAAGGUGUGUUAUGUAGUGUUUCCUCAGGAAGACUCUUCAGAGACUGAACCCCUCACUGCCAAAGCCACGGACUGAGCAGUGACUUCGACCAGCACUUCCAUUUUUACAUCAACGCCUGCACUUCCAGUUUUUGUCACAUUCUUCGCUCAAUGAAUCAUAAAGAAAUGGCUUCAUACAUGUUGUUACGCAGGUGCCACUUGAAGACGUUGCGGUGAAACCGCAGUCAAAACACACAGUUUAAGAAAAAAAAAAAGUUGUACAGCUACUCUCAAGCAUGAUAAGCUCCACGGCUGAGGCAUGUUUUUAUUUGUUGGUUUUCUCUUUCAUGCAGAUCUUCAUUUCUUCUUCUCUAAACUGGUUCAUAUUUAGCACUUUUUCUUACAUGAACUAAAUUCUCAUACUAAUGUGCCUUAUAUUUCUCUAGCUUGCUGAUUUGUGCGGGUAUUUUGUGUGUGUAAUGCCUUUUUAUGAGGUAAAUAUGCAAGCAGUUUCUGCACUUUGCAAUAUUUCUAUUACUGCUGCUGCCCAGUUUCAUUAAUUACCUACAUGGAGUUCACAGUUAGCCUUGUGUGGAGUUUUGUUUUUGGUAGAUUUUCUGCUUGCCACCUUCUCUGGGCAUUCUUUUUUUUUACUUUUACACUUGCUGUUCUUUUUAAGUGUUAGUCUAUUACACCUCUUUCCCAAGAGAUGCCACUAGUGCCUUGUUGUUGGUGUUAUUGACUAGAGAUGAUCUGACAUUCAUCUGUCCAAGCAGAUAUUUCCAGCACAGGGCAGACGUGAGGAUGAGGGGAAGUUUGACUGUGGCAGCUAGAUGAAUGGCUGAAUCUCUUAAUAAUGCAACACAGGAUGACUAGCUGUUCUUCCAGGUUUUAAAUGUUCAUCUGUCCCUCCCUCUCGUCUCCUGAGGCAGGAGCUUGGUGACUGUUGAGCUUGUUGCUUUAGAAAUGUUCUCCUCUCUGGGGAUGCCACUGUGAACUCUCUCCAGGUGCUCGACCAGUUAAGACGUUAUCAGACUUCAGAAUUCUUACAUGUUGUAUUACAGUAUUUACCGUUAACAUCAGCAGAAUCCAUACUGACAGGCAGAUAGGCGGCUGACAUUGGAUGUUUAGUUGUGCACAGACCCACCCCCAGUUCCCCAAAGAUAUGAUCUCCCUGCAGUGACUCCACUGAUUUUCCAUAGAUCUGACUGACUAUGGUACUGAUUGUGGUCCUAUUAUUAUAGUUUAUGGGAUUUCCAUUGUCCUAAUGACACUAAAUUUUCUAUAUUAAUUUGUCUUCAAAUUAUAAUAUCAACAUCAUUAGUGCAGCUGAAGUGCCACUACCUUUACAAAGUGCACUAAUUAUGAUCCAGGGGAUAAUGUUGUUGACAUGUUGUUUUUGGGUAAUCCCUGAAUUGCACUUGUUUAUAGGCUGUUUAUAUUGCACAUAUUACAGAACAAAUGAAGACAUGGACCACAGGCCUUUUUUUUUUUUUUAGACGGGAUGUUAACCUGCAGUUAAGCACUUGAGUUGAACAUGUGGUCCUUUUGUAGGCUUAUAGAUGCUGGAAAUUUUUGUGUGCAUCGAAUCCACGUCUGUCCUGCCAUAUCCAGGCGCCGUUAGUUCUCACACAUGUAAAUAGUGUGUAAAGAAAACAAAACUAUUACAAAUGCGCCAAGGACUUCUGCAAAGAUCACAUUCCUCAGAUGUGUUGAUACAUUUGCAUACUGUACAAUUGAUGGGUAUACCGCUGUGUUUUGUAAAAGAGUGAAGUUGUAAAAUAACCGUGUAAUUGCUCAUUAAAUUUAGCAACCUGUA